AAGGCCAGAGUGUAAGUGGGGGGUACUGGGGUCUGAGGUAAAGGAACAGAAAAAGUAAAAGAGUUAGUAGCAGUAAAAGCUCAAACCGUACAAUCUUCUGCUCACACAGGCAUUAGCUUCAGAUACCAACUCUAUAGUCUCUCAGACAGACAGACAUAAUAACACUGAAUAAUUAAAUAAUCUUUUUUCCUUUUUGUUUUUGUUUUUCAAUUUUUUUUAAACAUUUACAACUUCUUUAUUCACUUCCCUUUAGUUUAUGGAUUUCUGUAGAGUUGUCAGAGACAAGAGCUGCCACAGAGGCAGAAGCUUAGCUGCAGAACCAGAAGCAACAGAGGUGCAGUCAUAAUAUGAGCACAGAGGAGAGAGAGAGAGAGGAGGUGGCAAUGGCAUGCAGCACUGUAAUCAGAACCAUUAGUUUUAUCCAUGUACAGAAGAUUCUGCAGCUAAAUGGUCCCUGAAAUAAAUAUACCUACUCUACUCUCUCUGCUCUGCUCUACUCUCAAACUCAAAGGCCCUCCCUCUCCCUUUACUAAUAAUAUUGAAAUUGAAUCAUGCAAGUGCAGCCCAACCCCAUCCUGUUUCUCUCAUCUUUUCUCUCUUUCACUGCUCUGUGAAGUCUGAGACAACCAAGUUUCAUAUUUUUCUUUCCAAUUUGUUCUUUGGAGGAAACUUGCUUGCUCUUUCUUUCUGAUUUGGAAUUUCCCUGCCUCUUCAAUAAUAGUAAUGAGUGGGAGAACCAGGUUUCCUUUUACACCGUCUCAGUGGCAAGAGCUUGAGCACCAAGCUCUUAUCUACAAGUACAUGGUUUCAGGCAUCUCCAUCCCACCUGAUCUCCUCUUCUCCAUCAAAAGAAGCUGCUUGGACUCUCCUCUGCCUUCAAAGCUCUUCUCACACCACCCUCCGCAUAGUAAGCCAACUAUUGGAUGGAGCUGUUUCCAGAUGGGUUUGGGGAGGAAAGUAGACCCAGAGCCAGGAAGGUGCAGAAGAACAGAUGGGAAGAAAUGGAGAUGCUCAAAAGAGGCAUUUGCUGAUUCAAAAUACUGUGAGAGACACAUGCACAGAGGCAAAAACCGUUCAAGAAAGCCUGUGGAAGUUUUCAAAACACCAAUUACAACAAACUCAAACCCAUCAUCAUCAUCAACACCAACAACCAUCUCAUCAAUCACCUCCAAGAACAACCCCCCUUCUACAUCAACCGCAACCUUCCAUUCCCUUUCUUCAUCACUCUCAUCACUGUCCUCUGACUCCCACCACGCUCAGCCCAACCACUCUAGUUACAAUACCAAUCUUGAUCAUCACCCUUUCCUCUAUCAUCACACAUCUUCUUCAAGGCCUCCUGGAUUUGGUUUGUCACAUCAAGAAAGAAAUACUUCCUUGCUUCUGGACUCUGGUUCUUAUCCCCAAGCCAGCUCAGAAUACAGAAAUAGGUAUGUUUAUGGGCUGAAGGAGGAGGUGGAUGAGCAUGCAUUCUUCUCAGAACCUUCGGGGUCUGUGAGAGACUUCUCUGGCUCUUCAUCUAUGGAUGACUCUUGGCAGUUCACACCACUGACAAUGAGUACUUGCACUUCUUCAUCUUCAAAACAGAGAAGCUGCUCUGCUUUACAGAGUGAACACUCUCACUUGCAGCUUCAGAGCAAUAUCACUCCUAAACAGCAGAAUUACUAUGCUUUGGGUAGUGACAUGAAAAUGGACAGAAAUGAAGGAACCCAGAAAACCAUUCAUCGCUUCUUUGAUGAGUGGCCCCUGAAAGACAAAGAUUCAUGGCUUGACUUGGAUGAUAAAUCAUCAAACAGUGGAUCAGUUUCAAACACCAGGCUCUCAAUCUCCACUCAUGACUUCCCCAUCUUCAGCUCAAGAAAUCAUAAUGAUGACUGAGUCUCUCUCUCCAGUACUGGUUUCUGAAUCAAAGGCCAAAACUGUACUUACCUGGUGCGUCACUUUAAUUUUGGUGUUUGGGUGUUUGUGUGUAAGGUCUAAUUACAAAUUGACUAUUUUCUUUUAUUUUAUUAGCUGAAUGUGGUUGAAUCAGAUUAUUGUGUUUUAAAUGAAGGAUCCUAUGUCUCUGGCCA